AUGGGGGAGGUCCCCUUCCUCCCCAGCCUGGUGGUCCCCAGCCCCCCCCUCGCCGCCCUCCCCCCAAGCGGGCGGACGGCAGAGGGGACGCGCGCGGGUGGCGAGCCCGGAGGAAGCCCCCUGCCCACGGCCGUGGAGCCUCCCCGUGGGUCUAGGAGGUCCGGGCUGGCCCCCGCGCCCCGCCCGGACGGCUCGGCUGCCCCACCGAGGCCAGGGCAUCCCCGGCGGGCACCGAGGUCAAGUGCAGCGGUGGCCCCCGCCCCCCGCGCCGCCUCCCCGCCCGCGGGCCCCGCCGAACCGGGCCGGGCCGUACCUGCGCCGCUACCCCGGGCUCCGCCGCCGCUCCGAGGCUCCCCCGGGCUCCGCCGGCGCCGCCGCUCAGAACCCCCCGCCCCCCCAUGGCUACACACAGCCAGCCCUCUGACGUCACCGGGCACACAGACCGCCCACGUCACUGCGGAGACACAGCUUCCCGCAGACGCCGCCGCCGCCGCCGCCGUCUCCGGCUGCCCGGGGGAGGGGCCGCGGGGGGAGGGGAGGGGGAGGGGCGGGCCGCGCCGCCGUCCCCGCGCGCUUUCGCGCGCGCCCGGCGGCCCCAGCGUUCUAUUGUGGCUCCGGCCCCGCCCCGCGCUCCCCACCCGGCGCGCCGCCGACUCCGGGCCGCGCGCGCCCGGCGCCCCUCCCCCGCCCGCCCCCGCCCGCAGGGCUCCCUGGGCCUCGCGGCCCCGCGCGCCGUCUGGCCGGCUGGCGCGCGAGCCUGUCUGCGGUGCGCCCGGAGCAGACAGGAUGUUCCCUCCUGCCCCGCCCCGCCUGCCCGGGCUGCGGGGGAGGGGCUGUGCCAGCUGUCUGCGGCCCGCCCCGCGGGGGCCCGGAGCCAGACCGCGGGGCGCCCCCGCCCCAGGGACAGGGCAGUCCCUCCCCACCCCCACCAGGAGCCCCCCCGCCCCAGGGACAGGGCAGCCCCUCCCCACCCCCAUCAGGAGCCCCGCGAGUCCCCCUCCCCAGGAGGACGGGGGCGCCCCCGCCCCAGGAAGGGAGCAACAUCUUCCCAACCCCACCCCCGGCGCCCCUGCGAGUCCCCCACCUGGGGAGGCCGGGGGUUGCAGCAUCCUCCCACCCCCCUCCAGAGGCCCCUGCAAACUCCCAGGCCGGGGGCGCCCCUGCAAGGCGCCCACCCGGGGACCUCGGGGGCGCCUUUGCCCCGGGGACGGGGCAGCAUUUCCUAACUUCCCCCCAGGCGCCCCCGCGAGCCCCCAGCCCAGGGAGGUCAGGGACGCCCCAGGUGGAGGGAGGCAUUUCCACCCCCUGCCAAAGCACCCCCGUAAGCCCGGGGAUGUCUGGGACAUCCUCCCCCCACUCUUCCACCCCCUCCCCGCGCCCUUCCUAGUCCCUUACACAGGAUGGUCAGGAACACCCCUCCUCCAGCCGAGAACAGCAUCUGCUCCCCCUCCCCUUUCGCCCUUCCGAGCCCCCUACUCGAGAGGUCAGGGACAAACCCCUGGUCCUGGCAGCAUCUGCUCUCUCACUCCCCAACCCCUCCCCCACCCCCCCACCCCCGCUACUCCAAGUCCCCGAAGUGGGGAGGUCAGGGACACCCCUCCCCCAGCCGAGAACAGCAUCUGCUCCCCGGCGCCCCUCCCCCUCUUUCCAGGAACCCCCCCCCCUUCCCCCCCCUCGUACUUCCUAGACCGCGGGGCCUCCAGCCCGCCCCAGAAAGCCAGCUCUGCACCAGCAGACGGGAGCCCCGCCCCGACCUUGCCUCUGGCUGCCCCGGGCCCUCCCCCCAGGCCCCUGGACUCCCGUCCCGGAACAGGGCGCGCUCGGAGGCUCCUCGCCUGA